AUGGCUGAAAUCGAGGAUAGUAACGUGUCAUUUGAAGAGGAUGAUUACAGGGCGGCCUUCAUCUUCAAUGCCACCUCUGGAGACAGCACCAGUAGUAGCAAGCCAGCUGCUCGUCCGACUAAGAGACGGAAGGUAGUCAAGGCAGAUGGGCCAAUGUCGAAGGAGGAGCUGGGAACCGGACCUGGAUUCCCUCCGCUCUUCAAUGGCGCUGAGAGCCCCGAUGCAGUUCGCCUGCGGAGGGAGCUCUUCGAGACGGCGUGGCCGCACGUCCUGAGGGAAGCCAACCGCACCACCCUCGACCAGGUCUCGUCGUUCUUGCAGCAGGCGGCCGAGGUUGAGACAGAGAGAAUCCCGGCGGGCUUCAUCAUCACCGGCCCGAAUAUCGCCUCCCAGGACCUCCUGUUUGAGCAGCUGGCCGAGCAGCUCUGCACAGCAACUCGGGCGCGCUUUGUCCGGCUGCGGGCAUCAGAGGCGCCAAAUCUCAAGGCCGCCCUAAAGAAGAUUAUCCGGGAUGCCACGGCGAGGACGACUGAUGGGGACGAGGAUGUGGAUGAGGUUAUGCAGAGUGGGAGGAAAUACCUCGAUUAUGACCUCGAAUCGCUGCACGUGUUUCUGAACCAGCAGCAGCAGUCAAAGCGGGUUGUUGUGGCGUUCCAGGACAGCGAGGCGUUUGAGAGCGGUCUGUUGACCGACUUGAUCACGCUCUUCCACUCCUGGCGUGGCCGCAUUCAGUUUGACCUGCUAUUUGGCGUCGCCACUUCUGUCGAGCUGUUCCAGGCCCGCCUACUCAAAUCCACCGCCCGCCAGCUCUACGGCGCCCAGUUCGACGUCGUCCAGGCCAACUCUGUCCUCGAUAGUGUCAUCAAGAGCGCCGUUGCCGGGACCCAAGCCAAGCUCCGAAUCGGGCCGUUGCUACUCCGGAGUUUGGUGGAGCGCCAGCAGGACCAGGUUGCCGGCAUACAAGUGUUUAUCAGUUCGCUAAAAUACGCCUACAUGUGUCACUUCUACGCGAACCCGCUCAGUGUGUUGCUUGCGGGCGGUGACAACCUGAACCGCAAACUUCUGCAGCCAGAACAUAUCGAAGCUGUCCGGACUCUCGACUCCUUCAAAGCCGAGGCCGAGGCUGCGGUCGACGCGAGACAGCUGAACCACGCGCAAUUCUUGAUUGAGAACGAUGAGUUUUUGGUUGCACAAAUUCUUGAACAGGAGGAGAAGCGGCAGGCGUACCUACUGCAUCUCCUCCGCGCCCUGCAUCUGCUGACUUCUGCCGGCCUGACCUCGACUUCUUUCGCCGACCUCUACAUCCUCGCUCUCGGUGACGGUAUCAAUAUCGAGCAAUCCUUCGGGACUUUACCUCUGGAGGACGCCGUGAAGCGGUUGGACCCGAACGAGUUCCUUUCGAUCGCCGACCGCGUGCUAGCUGCCGUUAGAACCGGCAACCCAGACCUCGGUCUAAGCGGCUGGGAGUCAGAUGCUGAGGAGUUUGUGGCCGCGUUAACAGACAUUCGAGACGAAGUUGACGGCCUGGUGGCGCGCUCUAAGGAAAACCGCCAAGCCCUCAAAAGCAAAUACAGCGCUCAAAGCAGGGUCAUGCGCACCACAGUCGUUGCGCAGAAAGUCCAGCUCAGCCAGGACUCCGCAACUCUAACCGAAGAGGACAAAGCAUUCACCAACGCCAUCGACGCUUUGUUGGGCCUCUUGUCGCGGACCUUACAAUGCGACCCCGUCGACAAUCUCUUUCUUCACGAGGUCUGGGUCUUCGAUUCCAAGUCGCCCUACCGCGACGUCUUUGUCCCCCGGCCGGCCGCCACCUUCGGCCGCGCCCUCUCCCGCCCGCACGACUACCUCGCGUGUUCGUGCUGCGGCGGAGCCAACGGCGGGCUCGCGUCGACGUUGCCCGCCACGGCCAUCCUCUACCACCUCUAUCUGGAGGCUGGCGCGCUCAUCAACGUGGCCGAUCUGUGGUCGGCCUACUACGCGCUUGUGGGCGAAGAGUCCGACGUCGGCAUGGACGAGCGGUCGGCUCUCGUCUGCUUCUACCGCGCCCUGGCGGAGCUGCGGAUGAUGGGCUUUGUGAAGCAGAGCAAAAAGAAGGCCGAUCACGUUGCUAAGUUGAAGUGGCUAGUGGUCAAAGGCGGGGCCGGGGGGCUAAAGAUGUCUCGCGCGCCCAAGAUAGCAGCAGCUCGACAAAGGUCCUUCGGCACGCGUCGCGCGGCCACCAACCCCGCCUUCUCCGCCAAGCUCGCGCAAAUGUCCCUCCAGCUCGCGCCCCUCGUCCAGCUCACCACCGGCGCCAUCCACCCGGCCUUCCCGCGCACGCUGCUCUGCUUCUGGCUGCUGACGGACGACCAGCUCGAGUCGCUCGCGCACUUCUACCACCAGCGCACGCCCUGCCGCUGGACGCGUCAGUACCCGUGCCCCGUGGCCUGGCCGCCGGGCCUGAGCCUGGAGGAGAAGAGGAGGAAGCUGGGGAGGUUUAUCGGGCUGCGCGGGUGUGAGACGCCGAUUGGGGAGUUGGUGGAGAGGGGGGUGCUGGAGGUGCUGGGGCGGUCGGAGGCGGAGAUUUUGGAGGCGGCGAGGAGGGCGCGGGAGGAGGGUUGGGGUGCUGGUGGUGAGGGGGGGGAUGAGGUGGAGGAGGUCAGGAGGAAGAUGGGGUGGCAUUGA